UGUAGUUGAAAACAACUCGGCCAAACCGACCCGCCUCCUAGCGGAUUUCUUCGCAGAUCUCUUCCACCUCCGCCACAGAGCGCAUAUCCCGCAUCACCUUUUGUAUUAGAAGCAAUCAGUCUUACUCGACAUCCAACGAUGAUAAACAAAAUCGAUCAGUCAACUCAAAAGCAAACAGCAAACCCAUCGUCUAUGCGACGUCCGACAUCCACUGCCGUCGGCUUCGCUUCACGAUAGCAAGGUGAAAACUCCCUCGAAGGUUUCGAAAGAUGACUCCCAAACUCGUUCCCACACCUUGGAAGAUCGCAGGAUCAACAUUCACCUUUAAUCGAUCACGCUCGGGUAGUGUCCAUUGAGAUGGUGACUACUCUGUUGGAUUUUGAAUUCUUGGAUCCAUUCCAAAGCUUUGCUAAUGAUUUCUCCUUCGUUUCUUCUUUUUUAUUGUUCCACAGAUGGUUAUUUGUGUUGAUUCAAUAUGAACCAGAGGACCACCACUAAGGAUUCAAUCGCCUUAGCUUCUCACUCUCCUGGAGCUCACAACAACACUAUUCACAUAUAUGUUUUUUCCCCUUUCCUGAACAGCUGGUUAAUCGUAAAUCGUUGUCAAAUUUGCCUGACCCAACCACAGUCUAGGAAAAUAUGAUGUUGUGUUUCCUUCAAUCCACAGAAUGGGCACUCAUCACAGCCUCUUCAUGUUCUGUCCACUAGGUUUCCGCAUGUAGGAAGGAUGUUAUGUAUCCAUCGCCAUGCAAAAAUUUGGACUUUAGGUGGUAUGUUUAGGCUCCAAAUUUGUUUCCAGUUCACUGGGACAUAAAGAUCCCCUAUUACUUCGCCUUUCAUUUCCUUCCACUUCGUAUAAGCUAAUUUCAUUGAGUAGAAACCUCGACUCUCCAAUCCCCAAACCAUUUUAUCUUAACAAGAUUGUCUAGGAAUUGAUAUCUACAAAUUAAUAAGAGAGAUUUUAUAUUUUGCUUCAUGAGAUUUUUUAUCCUACUUUAUCCCUUUUGUUUUAUAUACCACAUUAAAUAUAUUUAUCAACAAUAAAAAUUAAAAUUUUAAAAUCUAUUUUCAACAAUCCAAAGAGAUAUAAUCUUUAGAUGGUGCAGUAUGUGUUGAGUCACAUUCAGCAGGAGGGCUAAUCCUAAAGGAUGAAGGAGGCCCUUUCUUGUGGCUCGGAAGGUGAUUUUUUUUACAUCCAACCUCGUGUCGAUGUUUUGAUUUUUGUUCCUGGGUUGGUUCUAGGGCGUAAUUUUUGAUUUUUCUAUCAAUCAAUAUGAUUAUCUCUUGUAAAAAAAAAGAGGUAGAAUCUUUAGACUGUUGAUAAUCUAUAGAUUUAUACUCAUAUUCUUCAAACGACCCCUAUAUUUGCCCCAAAUCGACUUGUUUGCCAACGAAAAACAAAACUAGUCAUUUGCAAAUGACUCGCUCUCCAAAUGACCCGUUUUUCUUCAAUAAUUUCCAAUCUUAACCCUCUCAUAUUUUUUUCAUAUACAGAAUAAUAACAUGAUCAUAGUGGAAAUCUAAAAGUGUUAGAAGUGUAUUUGGAGAUCUCAUAUAAGGUAAAUUAGUUGCAUUUUCACAAAAAAAAAAAAAUGGUACUAUCUUGUUUCACAAAAUCUUUCUUUGAAGCCUGGCAAAUGCAGCAUUGUGUUUGAUGGAGCAAAAUAUCUUUCAUGAUUUUGUGGUCUAUACAUUUCCAUUUGUUUAAUCUCCUAUAAUAUUAGCGUAAUCAGGUCAACAAGAUUCGAAUGGUCCAAACUCCAAAGUUCGUUAGUUCACAAAGAGGCCACACUUUAAUUGCAAUUUGGGGGACCUCCCCUCCACCCACAGACCGAAUCAAAAGAGAAAACCCGAGUGCGCUGACCCGAACUAAUCCACCCAAUCCAAUCUCCCCCCGACCCAAACCCACAACCACACAUGGACCGUUUUCCCAGCCAACCCACGCCAUCUACGUGCCACCCGCUCCCAUCACAUGCCUCUGUCCCCAUCUCAUCCAACGGUGCCUACCUCCACAUAGAAACCCAAUCUCAGCCGUUGGAUUCCCCCUGGUCCACCGCCUCCCUCUCCCCUAAAAAUUAUACCCGGCCCACCCGUUUGCUGCCUUUGUCCCUUCCUUGUCCCCUCCCUCCGCUACACGACUCUCGAUGCUGCUCCUCUUUCCACUGGCACUCAUAUCCCGUGUGUGUUCUCUCAAAAUCUUCACAUCACGCGCUCCAACCUCACUCUCCUCACCGUUGGAUCCCUCUGAUUGGCCCGUGUAACAAACAGCGCGUGGGGUUUCAGAGUGGUCGCCAUCAUUACUCCUCACGCACGAAGUGGGGAGUAAAUUGCCCAGAGAGACUGUCUGUCCGCUUUACCCAUUUUCCCCACCUUUCCUAUUUAGCUAUCAUUUCAGCCCUCCCAUCUCCAUCCACAAUUUCUCACUUCAUUCCUACCUUCGAUUCCUCCGUUGAACAUCGAUUGAAAUUAUAGAACUGAGAAUCGAGAAUUGAAGUUGAUUACAUGGAGAGAUCUUCUUCUUCAUCGAUGGAGCUGGAUUCCGAUCUGAACCUCAAGGCCACGGAGUUGAGAUUAGGUUUACCUGGACACUGCGGCGACGACGACGACGGGCCUGAGAAGUCGCAGAUCAGCAGCACCUCUCCAACAACUGUAUUGACAAUCGGCAGAAGCAGCAGCGGCGGUAGCAACAAGCGAUCUUCGCCGGAAGCUCCGUCGUCCAACGAGUGCCGCUCGCAGAGCGAUUCCAGCGCGUCCGGCGUCGAAUUCGAGGACCGAGAUUGUGCUCCUCCUCCUGCCAAAGCGCAAGUUGUGGGGUGGCCGCCGAUCCGGUCCUACCGGAAAACCUGUUUGCAGCAGCAGAAGAGGGGAAGCGAGUCGGGGAUGUAUGUGAAAGUGAGCAUGGACGGAGCUCCCUACCUGCGGAAGGUCGAUGUGAAGAUGUACAAGAGCUACGCGGAUCUGCUGGCGGGGUUGGAGAGCAUGUUCAAGCUCAAGUUCGGAGAGUACUCGGAGAGGGAAGGAUACAACGGAUCUGCCUACGCGCCGACCUACGAGGACAAAGACGGCGACUGGAUGCUGGUUGGGGAUGUGUCGUGGGAGAUGUUCAUCUCUUCCUGCAAGAGGCUCAGGAUAAUGAGAGGCUCCGAAGCGAGAGGGCUUGGUAACUGAGAAUUUAAACAGUUACCCACACACACAACACAAACAAAGCUCAGCCAUGGCGGCCACAGAUUUUUACUGAUAUAUUCUUAAACCUCUGCCGGGUUCUUGAUUUGGAACCGACGGGAUAUUUUCUGGUUGUAUACAUAUAUAUACAGUAUAAAGAGCAUCUCGAACAGAUCGUAAUGGAUCGCUCUUUAAUUUUUUUUUUUAAACCUUGUUUGGGGAUGUUCUUCAGCUCAUUUGCUUUGUUUGGGUUCUUGUUGCUUGCUGGCUUUGGCUGAUCCUUUUUUCUUACUUUUCCUCCCUAUACGUUCCACACUGAAUACAGAGACAGUUCACAGAGAUCAAAUAAGUGGAAAACAGAGAUCUCUUGAAAUUUAAGGUUUUCAAUAAGGAUUGGAUGUCAUCUUAUCUAAGACUAUACUAUUUUGAUUUUUGUAUGCAGUACUAAUUGCAUUAAUCACAUUACAAAAAAUUUACUAGGUUUGCCCAUAUAGAUGGAUUUAGAUCCACCCAAAUAACUAAUCUGAAGUCUGAACUGAAUGAGUAUAACUAAGUGGACAGAGACAGACACAUGGAUUUGUCUAGGUACGAGAUCAGAAGAAAAUACUAAGAGAUGAAUGUAAAUGGUUGUUGUGGUUUGGAGAAUGAAAUAUGAAGUUGCAA